AUGAACACUGGCCAACAACAGCAGCAGCCGGAAUCACAAAACAUCUUCAAGCAAUCCAGGUAUGAAGAUGCUUUGGGUAUACGAAUAACUCUACCUGUAUUCACCUUCGCGUCCGACAGUCAUCCAGUCGCCCUGAUGUUCCAUCUCGCCUUCCGAGUGGGCGCCAUCGUAACCUACCUCCUGUGUUCAUCGAUAGUCAGCAGCGACGUUCUGUGCAUCGUGCUGAUAGUGCUCCUGCUUGCGUUUGAUUUCUGGACGGUUAAGAAUGUUACCGGACGAUUGCUUGUGGGUUUGCGUUGGUGGAACGAGGUUAGGGAAGACGGAACGAGUGAAUGGGUGUUUGAAUCGCGAGAGAAUCGGCUUGUAAACGCGGUGGAUUCGCGGGUGUUCUGGUUCACCCUGUACAUAACGCCAGUGAUCUGGAUCCUGUUUGCGCUCCUGUGCCUCAUCUACCUCAAGCUCUUAUGGCUCGUGGUUACCAUUGUCGCCGUCACCAUGAACUCUGCGAACUUAUUUGGGUACACGAAAUGCGAAAAGGUACUUGGUUGCGCGUCCUUAUGGAGGUUUUCGCACCGCUGA